UUACUCAAUUUCGCCAAAUGGUUUCUUCAUGUGAUUUUAUCUUAAUUAGAAUACAAAUUGUUCAUCGAAAUUUAAUUUGGUGAUGUUUCUUUCAUUUUUUUAACCAUUUUUAUGUUAAUUUGUUUACACCUUGUUGAUUAUUUUCUUCUCUCUUCAUCUUCUUUUCAUUGUCUGUUUCAUUUUCUCCUCUUACUUUUUGCUCUCUUUUCUGUCUCCCCUUUUUCUGUUUUCCACCAGUUAAAUAUAUCCACUUGAAGAUAUUAUUGUGAAGUGAUCAAGCCUUCUUGUAAUAGAAUAGAUUUGUUACUAUAGCUGUUUUUUUUUUGUAUUAUUAUUAUUACUCUAUACUGUGAGAAGAGAGAAACAAAAAGUACAUUUAUAUAUUUAUAAACCAAAAUGACUGCUCAAGGUGCCAAUGGUGAUAUUGUCGAUUUGGAAUCUUCACUUCUUCAACAAUUCUCGUGUAUGGGUACACAAGAUAAAGAUGUUCUUAUUAAUGAAUUCCAAAAAUUACUCUCACCUAACCAACUGUCACCAGAAGGAUGUGCUUUCUUCCUGGACAUGAAUAAUUGGAAUCUUCAACAGGCCAUCUGUUCAUACUUCGACCUAGAUGCACCCAAAGAACUUGGAAUGGAAUCAUUACCAGUCAUGAGUUUUAUCAAAGAUGUAACCAUAGGAGAAGGUGAAGAGGUUCCACCAAAUACCCGAUUUGUUAAAACUUGGAGAAUUUUAAAUUCAGGGACGGAAAGGUGGCCUCAAGGAUGUUCUUUACGAUUUAUAAAUGGCCAUUUAAUGGGAAAUUGUGAACGAGUUGUUGUAGAUCCUUUAGAGCCUGGACAGAUGGCCGAUGUGUCUUUAGAAAUGAUAAGUCCAGCCAUGUCUGGCAUAUUUCAAGGCCAAUGGAGGAUGAGUACAGCCAUUGGUCAAUUUUUUGGAGAAAUAAUUUGGGUGAUAAUCACAGUCGCUGAAGGAGGACUUUUAAGCUUAACUCAACAAAUGGACUCAUUCCACCAAUUAGGGUCGCCUGUUGAAAGUUAUCCUACCAAAAUGGAUACUAGUGUUAAUCCUUUCGAAAAAUAUUAAUACCGAUUAAUAAUAAAUGUAUACAUUUUGUUUUUUU